AUGAACAACAAAACUGUCACCACCCAUUUCCUCCUCCUGGGAUUGCCCAUCCCCCCAGAGCACCAGGAACUGUUCUUUGCCCUGUUCCUGAUCAUGUACCUCACCACCUUCCUGGGAAACCUGCUAAUUGUUGUCCUUGUUCAACUGGACUCUCAUCUCCACACACCCAUGUACUUGUUUCUCAGCAACUUGUCCUUCUCUGAUCUCUGCUUUUCCUCUGUUACAAUGCUGAAAUUGCUGCAAAAUAUACAGAGCCAAGUACCAUCUAUAUCCUAUGCAGGAUGCCUGACACAGAUAUUCUUCUUUUUGUUGUUUGGCUACCUUGGGAAUUUCCUUCUUGUAGCCAUGGCCUAUGACCGCUAUGUGGCCAUCUGCUUCCCUCUGCAUUAUACCAACAUCAUGAGCCAUAAGCUCUGUACUUGUCUCCUGCUGGUAUUUUGGAUAAUGACAUCAUCUCAUGCCAUGAUGCACACUCUGCUUGCAGCAAGAUUGUCUUUUUGUGAGAACAAUGUACUCCUCAACUUUUUCUGUGACCUGUUUGUUCUCCUAAAGUUGGCCUGCUCAGACACUUAUGUUAAUGAGUUGAUGAUACAUAUCAUGGGCGUGAUCAUCAUUGUUAUUCCAUUCGUGCUCAUUGUUAUAUCCUAUGCCAAGAUCAUCUCCUCCAUUCUUAAGGUUCCAUCUACUCAAAGCAUUCACAAGGUCUUCUCCACUUGUGGUUCUCAUCUCUCUGUGGUGUCUCUGUUCUACGGGACAAUUAUUGGUCUCUAUUUAUGUCCAUCAGGUGAUAAUUUUAGUCUAAAGGGGUCUGCCAUGGCUAUGAUGUACACAGUGGUAACUCCAAUGCUGAACCCGUUCAUCUACAGCCUAAGAAACAGAGACAUGAAGCAGGCCCUAAUAAGAGUUAUCUGUAGCAAGAAAAUCUCUCUGCCAUGGUAG